AUGAGUACCCUAAGCUGGAACUGCCAUGGCUUGGGUAAUCCACGGACGGUUCGCGAGAUUGUGGACAUGGUGUCCCGUAAGCAACCCGACUUUGUAUUUCUGAUGGAGACUAAAGUGGCACGCGAUCAUGCAGAGCGAUUACGUGUUAAGAUAGGUUAUGAGGGGCUGUUCUAUGUUGAUAGUGAUGGGUUGAGUGGUGGUAUAGCCUUACUGUGGAAGAAGAAUUGUACGGCCCGGUUGCUAAGUUACUCAACGAACUACGUUGAUGUUGGGGUAACUAUUGCCGGAUUUCCAGAAUGGCGAAUGACGGGUUAUUAUGGUUUCUCGGAACGAACGAGGCGUACUGAGUCAUGGGAUCUCUUGAGAGCACUAUCGAGCAGGUCAACCCUACCAUGGGUUGUCAUUGGAGAUUUUAAUGAUUUACUAUAUCAGAAUGAGAAAAGAGGGGGGAAUCCGCAUCCGAAUAGCCUCUUACGCGGUUUUGGGGAAGCCAUUGAGGACUGUGGGCUCGCUCAGUUGCCUAUGAAUGGAUAUCUGUACACAUGGGAGAAGGGAAAGGGGACAGCAAACUGGAUGGAGGAAAGGCUUGAUAAGGUCUUAGUGACAGAUGAAUGGCGGGGUGUGGUGACGGGGGCUAAGGUGAUGAAUCUGAGAACCCGGAAAUCUGAUCAUUCGGCUCUCUUUUUGGGAAUCCGUGAGACCGGUGGGGGUGUUGAGCCUGGGAGGAGGGGGUUCCGGUUUGAGAUGGCAUGGUUGCAUGAUGAGGGGUGCAGGAGUGUGGUAGAGCAGUCUUGGCAGGAGGGGAGGAGCCAGGGUUUACAGAACUGUAUUCAGUACUGCGGGAACCGGUUAACACGGUGGGGUGGGGACCGAUACCAUAAGUACGGAAAACGGAUCAAUGAGCUGACAAGGGAACAGCAGCGACUAAGGGGGCGUACUGACCCGGCCUCGCUUGCAGAGUUCCAGCGCCUAGAACAGUUGUUAAGCUGCACUGAAGCUCAGGAGGAUGCCUAUUGGAGACAGAGAGCCAAACAGCACUGGCUUAAGGAGGCGGAUGCUAAUACGAAGUUUUUUCACAGAGUUAUGGCAAAGAUGUUGGCUAAUAGAAUGAAGCCAUUGAUGGAAGGAAUAAUAUCUGAGUCACAAAGUGCUUUUAUCCCAGAUAGACUGAUAACGGAUAAUAUAUUAUUAGCUGCGGAAGUGGGCCAUUUCCUGAAUAGAAAGCAGUGUGGGGUGGGGGGAUGGAGUGCUCUCAAACUGGACAUGGCAAAGGCAUAUGAUCGGGUGGAAUGGUCUUUCCUCCGUAAGAUGAUGUUGGCGUUGGGUUUUCAUGGUGGUUGGGUCGAAUUGAUUAUGAAAUGUGUCACCACAGUAUCCUAUAAUAUUCAGGUGAAUGGCUUAAGAUGUGAUCCUAUUAUACCCACUCGUGGAUUAAGGCAAGGGGAUCCUUUAUCCCCGUAUCUAUUUAUUAUCUGUGCAGAAGGACUUUCAUUAUUAUUACAGCAGGCACAUACUGUGGGAUCAUUGCACGGAUGCAGGGUAGCGAGAGGAGCCUCCCCAAUCUCUCAUUUAUUCAUUGCGGAUGAUAGUCUUUUGUUUUUUAAAGCCAAUGUGGAGGAAGCAGGUGAAAUUAAAAGAUGCCUAUCUGUAUACGAGGAUUUGUCUGGCCAGGCAGUUAACUAUCAUAAGUCGAGUAUAUGUUACAGUAAGAAUACAAGUAAUGUUGAUAGGGAAAAUGUGGCUCAGAUUUUGGGAGUGACACAGGCUCCGAAUUUUGGCAAGUAUUUGGGACUCCCCUCUUUUGUUGGAAGACACAAAAGGGCAGUUUUUGCGUAUGUUGAGGAUAAAAUCCGUCAAAGGAUUGAGUCAUGGAAUAAAAAACUGCUCUCGCAGGCGGGUAAGGAAAUUCUUUUGAAAACUGUAGCACAAUCUAUGCCUACGUUUUCAAUGAGUGUUUUUUUGCUACCUAUAUCCGUGUGUACGGCGAUAGAGAGAAUUAUGAAUCGGUAUUGGUGGGACUCUGGAACUGAUAGGCGAAUACAUUGGAAGGCAUGGGACAAGUUGUGUAUCCCUAAGAAGUAUGGGGGGUUGGGUUUUAAAGAUUUGCGUGCUUUUAAUCUAGCAAUGCUAGGGAAACAGGCGUGGUGA